AGUUCACAAAACAGUGUACAGGCUUCAGUAUCGACCAGUUAGCUGCGUGGUUGCCGGUGUGUUUGUAGUCUUUUGGUAUCGUAUUGUAUGUACUCAUAAUAAUAGUAAUAAUCGUCAUUAUUUUGACGUUGUAACUGUUGAAAUCAUCGCAAAACAAUUAACAUGAACGGUUACAACAAUCAUGAAAGUAGUGAAGGAGGUGCUAAACUAUCAUCAAUCUCUCCAUGUAGUUGUUGGACAAUUGGAUUGGUUAAUGUAGACUCAAAACGAUAUUUAACUGCUGAAACUUUUGGUUAUAAAAUAAAUGCUAAUGGAGCAUCAUUAAAAAAAAAACAACUAUGGACAUUAGAACCUAGCACUAAUAACAGUGCUUUAGUAUGUGAUGGACCUACAACAACAAUUCGUUUACGCUCACAUUUAGACAAAUAUUUGGCAGUGGAUACUUUUGGAAAUGUUACUUGUGAUGGUGAUGAUCCUAGUGAUCCAGGAACAGUGUUUCAAGUAUCUGUAACUGAUGGAGAUUCUGGUAGUUGGGCUUUGAAAAAUGUUGUACGUGGUUAUUAUUUAGGUGCUUCAUCAGAUAACUUAAAAUGUACUGCAAAAGCAGCGGGUUCAAGUGAAUUAUGGCUAGUUCAUUUAGCUGCACGACCUCAAGUAAACCUAAGAUCAGUUGGUCGCAAACGUUUUGCUCAUUUGUCUGAAAGUCUUGAUGAAAUUCAUGUUGAUGCUAAUAUACCAUGGGGAGAAGAUACUCUCUUUACAUUGGAAUUGCGACCAGAUGAUAAUUUUAAAUAUGCUAUACACACAUGUAAUAAUAAAUAUUUAUCUAGAGAUGGGAAAUUGGUGGACACUUGUACUUCAAACUGUUUAUUUUCAUUGGAAUAUCACUCUGGUGGUUCUUUGGCUCUCAGAGAUAAAGCUGGUGGAUAUUUAUCACCAAUUGGCUCAAAAGCUCUUUUAAAAACUAGAUCCCAAACUGUUACCAAAGAUGAGUUAUUUACUCUUGAAGAUUCUUUACCACAAGCUAGUUUCAUAGCAGCACUGAACUCUAAAUAUGUGUCUGUGAAACAAGGUGUUGAUGUAACUGCUAAUCAAGAUGAAAUAUCAGAUCAUGAAACUUUUCAACUAGAGUUUGAUUCCUCUACUAAAAGGUGGUAUAUACGAACAAUGCAAGAUAGAUACUGGACUCUCGAAACUGGUGGUGGAAUUCAAGCUGUAGCUGAUAAAAAAUCUUCAAAUGCUUUAUUUGAGCUAGCAUGGCAAGGAGAUGGUUCUGUAUGUUUUAGAGCAAAUAAUGGUAAAUAUGUGUCAACAAAACGAUCUGGACACCUAUAUGCUAAUAUUGAUGUUAUUGAUGAAGCCUGCAAGUAUUUUUUUUACUUGAUAAAUAGACCUAUUUUGGUUUUAAAAUGUGAACAAGGCUUUGUUGGCUAUAAAUCCUCUUCAAGUUUACGCUUAGAAUGCAACAAAGCUUCUUAUGAAACCAUUCAAGUAGAGCGUUCUGAUCGAGGAAUAGUUUUUUUCAAAAACCAAUUAAAUAAAUACUGGCAUGCAGAUGACGAAGGAGUAUCAGUUGAAACAGAUAUACCUGAAGGAUUUUUUUUGGAGCUAAGAGAACCAACUAGAAUUUGUAUAAAAAGUGUAUCAGGUUAUUAUUUGUCUGCUGGUAAAAAUGGGAUGUUUAAACUAGGAGAUAGCGAUUUUAAUAAUGCUACUAACUGGGAGUAUUAAUGACAUAAAAUAACAAUUUCAUUGAUCUUUAUAAUUUAUAUAUAUACACACACAUUUAUGUGAUAAAGUAGUGUAGAUAGAAUUAUUAUCAUACAAACUAAAAAUUUUAAAUGACCAUAAUAUUUUAAAAAUAUACUUUUUUAUGUAUACUUCUUUAAUUAACUUCUAUGCACACUUAUCUUAUUGUAAUAUUUAGUAAGUUAAAAAUACUACUUUAUAGGUAUUAAAUGACAUUUAACAAUUCUAUAAUUAAAAGAAACAUUUUAUUUUAUCUUUAUAAAAACUAAUUAAAAUAUAAAUCAUAUCUAAAUUACACUAUGUACGAGUUGUGUACAUUAUGUACAUAGAAUUGGGAUUUUUUAUAUCUAUUUAUAUUAACUUUUUAAUCUAUUGUAAAAAUAUAUUAAUCAUUACUUAUAUGAUUACUAAAAAAUAUAUUAAUUUUAAUCAUAAAAUUAAAUAUGUAGUUAUCACUUUCUGGUAUUUUAGUUUAAAUACUAUCAUUACUAUGUUUAAAUAAGAUUUCAAAAGUGAUGAGUUAUUUUUUUCUUAUGGAAAACAAUUAUACUUAAUAAAAUUUUUUACAUUAUAUCAAAACUAUAAGUACAUAGAAUUUUUACAUGAAAGUUUUUAGUAUUUAACAUAAUUCAUUAAUCUACAAAUAAAAUACAAUUAAUAAUAAAGAAUUUGUAUUUGCUAUCUCAAGUAUGUAUAUCCCCCAUUAAAAAUAUUUACAACUGUUUUUAAGAAAAUAAUGGUUUAUCAUUUAUUUGUUGAAUAGAUUUUUGAUGUAAAUAAAAAUAUACAAUUUACAUUUAAUAUAAAAUUAUAAAAUUAUAAAAUUAGUUUCUAGUCUUCCAAAGAGCUCAUUUUUUAAAUUUUAUUAUUUUUACUUUUAUAUUUAAAAAUGUAGGGAGACUGGUUGAAAAACUGUAAUUAAAUAUGAUAUUAUUUUAUUAUAAAAUUAAUAAUAAUAAAUAUUAUUUUAUGUUAAGAUUUAUUUAUAAUUUUAUAUUCAUAGUUUAUCAUAUUUUAUACAUUUAUACAUUUUUUUAAAAAUAUUUUUUACUUAUUUAUUAUGACUAUUCCCAAAAUUUAUACUGUACUUUCUUUAUUUUUUUAAAAACUUUUAUACUAACUUUUUUUUCUUAAAAAUCAAGUUUUGCUGAUUAAAACACUUAAUUUUUAACAUAUAAUAAAUAAAUAAAAUAUUUUUAACAUUUUUAUGUGAGAAUGAAUUUAAAGAUGAUACUUUAAAUUUCAAUUACUCACAAAUGUUUUAGAUUAAAAAAAAUUUUUGUAUAUUAUGCAAGUAUUCAAACAUAUGAUAAAUUUAUUUUUCAGAUUUAUUUAUUUAAUAAAAAAGUAAUAUUGGUUAUUAAAAAAUAGAAAUUAAUAAAAAUGGUUUAUUUUUCAUUGUAUUAUGUAUUUAUUAAAUUAAAUAUAAAAUUUCUAAUAGAA